AUGCUCAGCUAUCUGAAACGUCGGUUCUCAUCGACCGAUCUACAGGACGAUAGUCCAGAGACGAGAUCGGGCGGCGGCUAUGCUGGUGCAAAGCCAAGCCAGCCCUCUGUGGGCGCCGUUGGCGGGACGCAGGUUAUCAGGGAUUAUCAGUACCUGCCACCAAAUGAGGUGCGUGGCGGUGGCCGGAUGGGUGAGGAUGGCUACAGGAGCAACCAUACCGCACAGACGACUACAGGGCGCAGUGGCGGUGUCAGUUUCCCAAGUGCUCCCAGCUCGCCCACGAGAUCGGGCUCGUCGGGCCUGGGAUUUGUGGGUACAAUUACCGGACAGCUGUCAAAGACACGACAACUCUUCUCUACUGAAACUCUGAACUCCAUUAUAAGUGACAGCAAGCUGCAGCCGACAAGGGGAAAGUAUAAAAUUCUGCUGGUUAUUGAUCAUCCGGCCACGGACUGGUGGGUACAAUUUCAUUUGCAUAGCACAAUGCAGAUCUGAAAAUUAAUAGUCACGACCAAGUGUACUACAAAAAACCAUAUCUAGCGCACCAAAUGAAACUACUUUUUCCAAAAAUUACACCCAGGGCACAGUUUCAGUUUCAACGUAAGGACAUACCUAAACAAUCUCCCUUGAAAGAAUACCUGUAUCAUCCAUUUUUCCGCUAUGAAAGUAAUGUACAAGGUCCUUCAAGGCCCAUUUUUAUCUCUGAACAAAAUUUAUGUUCGUUUGGAAGUCACAGUCGAGUAGUGAACUUUAGGUAGUAUAUUGAUUAUUUAAUAAACUGCGAAGUAAGCCUCAGAGUUUCUAAGAAUUAGACGAGAGUUGAAUUAGCCGAACAUUUAUUUGAGAACAUACCUUUCGGUAGUCAACAAGUUCUAUUGAAAAAAUUCACCUGCCCAUUGAAAGUAACUAUCGACAGUUAGUGUCCAAAUCUAGCUAAAAAAUCCAGACUAAAAGCAUAUUAAAUGAUUUGGGUUAGUGGUUCACGAUGUUUGGCAGUAGUUGUGCGUUUUGACAAAAAAUUCGUACGUUAGUGGACUUACGGUACCAAUAUGUAUUAACAGUGGUCGCUUCCCAUUUCCAAAACAGCAUCUAUUUCUUUCUCGACAAGAUUCGGGCGAUGUUUUUUUGGGGGGAAGUAAUUUUAUUAAGGUACAUUUUCUCAAGCGUUUACACCGUUCCAAACGUCUUCACUCAUUACUGUGCAUUUUUUGUCGUAUAUAUUUCCGGAAACAGAGACUUACUGUGUACCGUACUUCUGAUUGAGAUCACCGGUUACUUUAAGGAUUUCGACAGUAGCGUCUGACUUAAUAUUCUGCGAUAUCUCCAAUUUUAUGCCCAUCGCAGUUACUGAAUGUCUUUGUGUCAACCCACUGAAAAUCAAUUCCCUUCAACGGACUACGUAUACGCAUUUUCUUUGGGGAUAUUGAAGACGCGGAUUGUAUGGAACGAAAACUUAAACAUUUUUGAGAAACGAAAUAUUACAUGGCCUAAAUCAGUACUGCCUAGGCACGUAACCUGACCUCAGUGUUGGUUAGAUUUGUACUCACUUAGCACAGACCAAUUUGCUUCUAGUGUGUCCAAGCCCUUGUAAGCGGUCGGGUCCAGUGGGGAAUAAAAAUGUCCUUCAUUUCGCACCUGGUUUCUGUCACAUUACCUGUACCUCCCUUCGUUGCAAUAAAUACGAUUACUUCCGAUUCCGCAACUUAUUCAGUGAGCUACAUGUUUUGCGUCGCAGGGAUCUGAUAAUGGGGUUAAGCCUUCUCGCGCUCUUCUCUUUUUUGUGUGUAAAAUCCUGAUUAGUGUGCUUUGUGUAUCAGGGGUGUGAUGGUACUCCUAGGUGGCAGCUUUUGUCGUGCCAGCCACUUGCGCACUCUCCCGUCUCCGGUCUUCUUGACUCUGUCCUGACACCGGAAUUAGGUGUGGAGAAGGAGAGAGUGCGGUAGAUGCUGCGCAAGUCCACUAUCACUUCAAACUAGCUUGCGCGCAAGUCACUGUUCCUGCACUCAUCAUGCCGUGGAGCACAUGGUGGACAUAGUCGAAAUCGAUGGACGGACAACCAAGCCACUAAAAUCGAUAUGCCUCUGUUUACACUCCGUUUGCGAACAUUCGUACGCAAACAAUUGACAGUCGCUUCUCUCUCCCUUCCUGUGACUGCGCGCUUGCUGCAUUACCGUCUUGAGUGCUGAUAUUGAGAAGGAUAGGAGAGUGAAUGUGUGAGAACAGGAGAGAAGCUCUCCCCCUUCGGGCGCCCAGCCCAUGCCUCUUGUCACCACAUGUGCUGUCAAUCACGCCACCUCGCAUCCCGUCCUCCACUUAGCCGAGCGCCGCAAUGAAGUUAUAGGUGAUGCUACGGGUGUGUGUAUGUGUUGUGCUCCCAAACGGGCCAUGUGGUAGAUGCGAUGAACCAACACAGCGGCCAUAUCGGAUUCUGGUAGGCGUUAUCAGAUUUGCGCACCGAAACAAAUGUCAACAUUUCGGGGUGAGGUGGCAGACCUGGUUGCCGGCAGAAGUCGCGCACACUGGGACCCCUGUUGCCACCCCAUUGGUGUUGUUGGUCAAAAAACCUUGUUAUCUGCUGUGUGGACUACGAGGUGUGGAGUGGAAAGCCAAGGUGCGGGCUCGACGAUGCCAUCCACCUGCACCCUCCUCCGCCUCCGGUCUUCUUGAUUCUGUUUUGACACCGGGUCCAGGCGGGAGAGGAGAGAGUGCGGUAGAUGCUGCGCAAGUCUACUAUCACUAUAAACUGAUUUUCGCACAAGUCACCGUCGCAGCUCCCACCCUGCUGUGGAGCACAUAGUGAACAUCGUCGGAUGCGACGGCCGAACUAUCGUGUGUGUGUGCUUGUAUCUCGUGCCAUAGACUACACGGGAGAUGAGCCGGACCAAUACGGGAUCUGAUUAAGGUGUAGCGCGCGGUAACCUGCAUGUAUAUCCCAAAACGAAUGCCGCACAUUGGGAAGUGUGAUGGUGCGAUUAGGCGGAGGUCCGUGUCCAAUCUCGACAUCAGAUGGCUGACCGGCUCGGAGAGCCGAGUAGUACAUACUAGAGUGAGAAGACAGUGAGGUCGACUACGGGUAUUCUUUCCCCCGCGGCACUUCGGCACAUCCCUCGCUAAUAAACAGCCUGACUCGCUUUGAACCCAUCGCGACGCGCCCAGAGUUGUGGCUUGGAAGACUGCCAACUGACGAGAUAACUUAGUCUUUCAGAGCGAGAUGUAAAGUUGCGACGAUUCAUUCUUAAUGCGACCUCUAUGACACCCUAAUCAUAUGAAAUCUGUGCUGCCUUCUGUUUCUGCAUGAAAACCUGAUCUAUCUUGCGCGAACCAGGUGUGUGGGCUGCGUAGACGGACUGCCUGGCGCAGUCUGAGCGCACCUGCGACCGUCCUAACACAGCCUUGUCACGGAGUCAGGUGGUUGGAAGGGGGGGGAGAAAGUGUGGUGUGUGCUGCGAAAGUCUGUCAUCGCUAAAUACUAACUCACACGUACGUUACUGUUAUACGUCUACCUUGCUGUGGGGCAUGCGGUGGAGAUCACUUUUUUCGACGGUCGAAAUAAAUCGUUUGACAUUUUCUGAAUGUUGGUUAUUUGAGUCCCCGAUGCGUUUGGAAUACAAGAAAAUGAAAACUCAGGUCCCCGUCAUCAGCUAACAUUCAUCUUCUCCACUUUACCAUAUCUGAAGGUACUUCCCCACCGUUAACGUCUGUAGAAACAAAUAUAAGUAUUACACUGGUUGGCAAAUUUAAGAGUUCUGGGGUGGUAGUUCGACAAAUGGAAGGACUCAGUAAAGCGGGCUUACUGUAGUGCUGGCGUUUCGGAAAGCAUGGUCGGCUCAUCCUUGCCAAAGCUGAAAUUGAAUAACACAAGAAAAUGUCAAGUUGCUAGUUGCAAAAUCGGCGUUCCAUGCAGAAAAACGACAGGGUAUCUGGAAAAGUCAUUUGGUUAUGUUAGUGGGCGCUCACCGAUCGUUCAUACGGAACUCACUCGUUCCGUUGUGCCUUAUGGACUCUCUCUCGAGCCCAACCAGCAGCCGCACAGCGGCGCGUGAUAUAUAGGCAGAAUGAUAUUACCGACAAAGACAAGGGAGACUGGAAUGGCCAUUUCUGGCUUAUUAGCCGUCGUCAGCCAGCCAUACCCAAGCCCGAAGUGUGGAACACCCGAGCCUCGAACUCGCGACCUGUUGGUUUAGAAGUCAACGCCUCUAUUCACCGGGCCACGAGCCCGUUGCCCUGAUCAUUUGGUUAUGUUGAUCAUAAGAAGUUCGCGUCUACUGCUGUUAUAUAUUCCAGGGCAGUAUUCUAAACUAUAGACAGGUGCGGAUGACUCUGCUGUCAACCCAUUUAUCAGCCAUUCUGGAAAAAACUCCGUCGCUUAAGAAAUAGACACGAGCUUCAAGAGCCCUUCUGAGAGUAGUAAUAAAGUUUCUUGCAAUCUGAGGCUAAAACCGGUCAUUUACGGUCACAGACUGAAGAAGCCAAACGAUGGUUCAUGUAAAUUGAACUGAAAGACCACACAAACGCAUUGAAAUCUCUAUCAAGCAUUCCGGAAACUAUUUUCCUGACAAGAUAAUCUCCCAUAUCGCACGGAUAAAGAAAAUCGGAGACGAAAUAUAGCGGAAUGUUUGUGACCGCAAAACGUGAACAAUAGUAGACGAUAUACCCCUUCGAAGAUUUCACGGGAGAUUUGAUAAUGAAAAUUCAUCGGAUAGCACAUUGUAAUUUGAUUACACUUGCUGAGUACUGAGUGUAAUAAUAACAUUCGAAAAUGCGUCUCUGGCUGCGUCUCCUACAGGGAUAAGUUAAGAAGUGCAACAACAGUGCAAGAUAAAACAAGGAAACAAAUAGCACGACUUAGCUAAGAUCUCACAUUCAGUUCAACACUUAUGUAGCUUGAUGAUAGCAAUUCAUAUAUUCGGCCUGACAUAUUUUCCAAAGCAGAUCAGUUCACGUUCUUUAAACAGGAAGCUCAAACAAAUUCGAAAAGAUUAGGCCUUUAUGUUGCUUUUCAGCUGUUGCAUUCCAGAAAAGUGUGAAUAAGGUAGGGGUGUAAAUACUCCAUAUCAAGUACGUAGCGUUGUUCCAGUGCCAUUCCAUUUUAGCACUGUUUAUUUUCGCACAUACUCCCGAGAACUGGAACAGUAAUUGCUUUAGGAGUUUGAGCAGGACCAAUUUUCCUUGUAUUUCAAUUUUUUUAGUCGACAGAACUAUCUUGAAUAGUUUGCAUUCAAAUCUAUGACUACAAAGUACUUACUUUUAAGGGGCAAAGUAAAUUUUGCAUAGAAUGGGCUCAGACACUUUGAAAUCACACUUAGCAAAAUAAUUCCAUUCCAUUUUUAUCGGACGUUUCGUCUCACUGCCUUAUCAGAUGAAGUCUGAUUCGGUUGAACACAGGAGCCAUGGCGGGUGCAUAAACACAGAAACUCAAACCAAGGGGGAGGGUGAACUGCCGAUCUAAAUUAGAACACUGAGUAGAGUCUAUUUGGGUAUACUCGAAACUCGCUUCUCUCUGUCAAGGCAAGUAGGGCAGCUCGGAUAAAAUCGUUGUAGGUGGGGAAAAAGCUUAUAGGAAGAAAUUUUCUUCAAGAACAAUUCCCUAUGCUUCGAUUGCAGGAGUUUUAAUAACACUCCUAGACCUCCUCAUCCUUAUCCGAAGACGAGUAUCUCCGAACCGUGUAAGAGGAAAUGGUGCAGUUUCUGAAAUGAUUCGUCAGAUCGGAUGAAAGUCGUCACUAGCCCGGCAGUAGGCAAAACCCGAAUUGAAUCAUGACCAAAAAGAAUUGCACAGCGAGGGGUUCUUUCUGUUCCUAGUUUACUGCAGCUUCCCCCAUUGAUAAGGCUAAUUCAUGAAAACCGGAUAUCAGACUGAGCAUGAUAAUUAAUCUGACAUUGAUCCUUUGCGCAUGCGCUUCCCUGUCGGUUUUCCACCAAAACCGAAACAGACUUCACACGCCCGGUUGUGAAAUACUGCGAACUUGUAAUGGAUGACGCAGUAACAGGAAGUCAUUGCAAUGUGGCCAUGCACUUCAAGUAUCAAAUUUACACUGCCAGUAGAUCAUGGGGAAUCCAGAUAAGUGCCAGUACGGAAGAAAAAUUGAUCAGCGGUGGCCGUUCUCUCUUCCCGGUUUCAAAAUUUUAGCUGAUCUAUGCCAAAAUGAUUGUAUGAAAUUACUAACCUAAAUCCCUAACUUGCGCGUGACAAAACCAAUUGCGAACCCUAAUAACAUCCACGUUUCCCCCAUACGGCCUGUUACCUAGACAAUUUGGUAUUCCCACUUACGGUAGUCAAACGCCACUUAUGCGUAUUCGAGAAGCGGGACUUUCAAAUAGGCUUAAGAGAUUUGUGGUGAACGAGUUUUCUAGAAGAAGACAAACGGACAAAUGUGACUUUAAUAUCGGUCGGCUGGAACAUUCCCCAGGGGACUACAAGUUAAUUUUUAUUAUUAAAAGACGUGUGGCCAUCGUCUUUGCAUGCUCUCCCCUAAAAGCGGGUAUUAUAUAUUUUCUAUCCUUUUUCAGGGCUAAAUACCUGUACAAAAGGCGAAUCUGCAGUGACUGGGAUAUUCAAGUUGAACAGGUAAGUGAAAUCGAUCAUAACUUUACCAUAAGCGGUAAAGUUUGUGUCAACUGCGGCUAUUUUGUACGUUAAGAAGAAGCGUGAUGCACGCUCCCUACCUUGUCAUCUUAUUAGAUAGAACGUUGUUAAGUUAGCGAAGUCGGAAAAGUAAGCCUAGAUAUAAUAGCAGAGACAAACAAACUACGGAGGGUAAUCAAUCUGCGUGCAUUGAAUAUGCAUAACGAUAGGACCGUUGGCUCUACAUGCAAAAACAACACUGUCACGUUGUUGUUUUUCACUGCUAAACUUUCCGAAAAUAUUUUCUAAUAAGAUCAUGCCGUUGUUCUGGUCCUAACUUUUAAUAUUUGAAGUGAUUAUGUAAGCUUUAGAAUAGUUUGCUUUCAUAAUGAAGUUUAGUGGUUUUGCAAAACUCAUGCUUUUUUCGAACACGCAAUAUGCUACUGAAGGUGCAACUAGCUUUUUUGGAAAACAAGAGCCAUAUAACCACUUGUGCAAGAACAGCGGACACCUAAAAUCAGAGAAAAUAUGUUAACCGUAAAACCUUUCCCGCGCAGGACAUAGCAAAAUAAAUUAAUCAAUGGGCAUCAUAUGAAAACUGCACAAAAAAGUCAACACACCAUAACACACCUUCGGGUUAGCCAGAGACGAAGCUAGAAAAGCUGAUAUCUUGCUACAAAAAACUUAACUAGUCUACUUAUGGCUUCUCGUUUCUUGCCUCUAUUGCGAUCAUUAUGCUACAUGAUUCUCUAAUCGUAAUUCCACUCGUCAAGCGCCCAAGUAUGAGAAUGACUCCUUCGAACAAACUGGGAUCUCUAGGGCUUUACGACCAAUCUUUUUCAUAACGCCUUAAAUAUAUCAAGAAAAGUCCGAAGAGGAAGGAUAUACAGGAGCUUCAGGGAAGUACAGGGAUUAUUUUGUAAGAUUACUCAGGUCUUCGGAACAUCAAGGAUGUAGAAUAUGGGAACUGCGAAGUUUCAAGUAGCAGCUUCUACAAUUAUUGCUUUGAAAGAUUAAAGGUCGUCCCGUUGUAUCGCAAAAAUUUGUGGCAUUUCUCUACUUCUCCCUAACCUGCGCCCCAUGAGACGAGAUAGUCCAUUUGACUCCCGUUUUGGUUUUAAUGUGAUGACUACGUUGACGCUUAGAGGAUGAAGAAAAUAAUAUAUUCAAAUCGUCGCUGUGUAGACUCUCCGUACUCCUGAAAUUCCGAACGUCGUUUCCAAUGACGUCCACGGUGUGCCCCAGAGCCGAGUGGGCGCAGGGACAGUGAUUUGUGCGUGAUUUAGUUAAAAAUGACAAUAGACUUGCACUGCGUCUACCACACACUCUUCUUUCCCGCCUUCCUGGGCCAGCCGCCAAGGCAGAGUAAAGAGAACCGGUGACAGGAGAGGGCACAUGUGGCUGAGGCGAAGCGAUCCUUCACCUGGGCGUGUCAGCACACCCCCAGGUACAGUAGGUAGGCUAAGUCAUGAAAUGUUAACCGAAAUUCUGAAAUACGUUUUCGUUUCGAAAAGUUUAAUUAAAUAGAGUUGGAGAACGAAUCAUCGAGCAGUAUAAUUCUAUAAUAAUCCAGUUACUCCAGCAUGUCUGCUGUCGAAAGAACUCCUUUUAGGCAGCAUGCUAAAGCCAUAAUCUGUAAAAAAUGACUACUUAAAUAGCAUGCAUUUUGCGCAUUGAUUUUCGAUGCCCUUAAAAUUCAAUUAUAUUUCAUGGAAAACGUGCAUAAAAAUAUUCACUCUUUUAUUAAAUCGGUAGAAAAUUACGUCUUCUUCUAAUUUUAUACUCGAAGGAAGGGUAUAGUUCGGUUUUUGAAAAAAGUUUAUAAUUGCGCGAUUUUCUAAUACCGUGAAAUGACCGUUCAUAAAAUGCCAUGUCUCUGCAUUUACCAAUGUCGCUCGUAAAGUUAACAACAUGGCUCAAAUCCACUGCUGAAUUUUAUGAACCCCAUAUGGUGUCCACUUAAUACCGUAUGGAAACGUAUGGUUUUCCAUACGCGGAAGAUAUAUGGUUUGUAGUCUGGCAACCCUGAAUGCGAGUGUAACUGCAGGUCGGGUUCAAAAUUAUUCGGGAAUUGGAAAAAAUUUGGAAAACCGAAUUAUACCCUUCCAUCGAGUAUAAAGUUGAAAGAAGACGUAAUUUUCUAAUGAAUGAGUAAAAGAAUGUAUAUUGUUAUUCAUGUUUUCCAUGAAAUAUAAUUGAAUUUUUAAGGGCAUCGAAAACCGAUGAGAAAAAUGCAUGCUACUUAAGUAGUCAUUUUUUUGCAGAAUAUAGCUUUUUCAUGCUGUCGGAAAGAAAUCGUUCAAAAGGAGGCAUACUGGAGUAACUGAAUUAUAAUAGAAUUAGGCUGCUUGAUGAUUAGUUCUCUAACUCCAUUUAGUUAAUCAUUUCGAAACGAAAACGCUUUUCAGAAUUUCGGUUGACAUUUCAUGAGUUAGCCCAUCUACUAUAUGUAACGUGUUAUGGGUGCGUAGCCCAAUAAAGCUUGCCGUAUCCUGAUCUGGCUUCGUGUUGGUCCAACGCAAAACUAGAGGUUAUAAAAGUGACGAAAAAGAUUACGAUGACCCAGCAGAAGUGUGGACGGUUCUGAAGACGAAAACCUACAAUAAAUUAUAUGUUUUGGCUGUCUCAUUCCAUGUGUGACAAAAUGUUUUCAAACAACUCCUAACUUUUCCGGCAGUUCUACUAAGUUUCCUGACAUAUGCCAUUGCUGGUUGUUUUGCGAGAUUAGUUUUUUAAGUUACUUGAAACCCUGUUGUGCAUUUUCCCCUCUAUAUUUCGUUUUAUAUGAGAAACAUAGAAUCCUCUUGGUAACCGUGUGCUGUAAUUUGAGUUUUUUCGGUUAUACUUUGGUAGGCACUUUUACACUUAUCCAGGUCACGUAAUAUACGACGUUGGAUGUUGAUUGACAAUACAUAAAUAAAGAGAAGUCUAGUACGAAGAUUUACAGAAACGAGAACCGAAGCGGUCCGCGGCAAACCCUCCUGAAAACUAAAGAUUGGUCAAAAUAAACCAUGUGCCCCAAGAAACCAGGGCAAACAUCGUCAAGUGGAUAAGUAACCGCUGCAAGAUUUGACUCAAGACUCUACCUAUAGUCACAUCAAACUUUUGCUACUAUCCAUCAGAGAAAGUGGAAUUCGGAAGACGAGGCGAUCGCUGAAACAAGAAGUUGGUGAGGUUUGGUCAUGCGGCCCCACUCGAUUGACGUCAAAUGGUUAGCUUACUAAAACAGUUAUAUUUAACAUACCCAACUAGGCCACUCGUUAGAUUAGGGAGGGAAAGAGAGCGCAAGCAGAACUCAAAACACGCACAGGAAAGCGCGUGUGAACCGGCGUUUGAUGUAACCGAAGGUUGUGUGUACGUACUCUCCCCGCGACACAGCCAACAGCUGGACCAAAAGGAUGAGGAGGGUGCCAUCAAAACUGAAGGGCCACGGAGAGAACCGCGUGUUAAUUCGCAACGCAUGGCCACUGCAGGGGAGCCGGGGGAGUUCAACUCCGUCCGAACAAUGCCAUCAGCAGGCCACUCGCUGGAUUAAGGAUAGUAAAGAGGGAGCAAGCAGGGCUCGAAGCACGCACAGGGAAGCACGUGUGGACUGAUACCUGAUGUUACCGAAGAUGGUGUAUAAGCGCUCCCCCCAGGCACAGUAAAUCGCUGGGUUAAAAUAAUAAGGAAGGUGCAAACACAUAAUGCAUGUAAAGUCAGAGCAAUCUCGCCUACUAAAAUUGUUUUAGGAAGCUAACCAUAUGGUGUCAGUCAAGUGGGGCUGCAGGACCGAACCUCGCCUAGGAGUUUAAUCGCCUGACCUUUCAGAUCCUCACUCGAACCCAUCAUCGGAGACCGCUAAGGGUAAUGGAGGCAUAAGGAACGCAUUCCUUAUAGGAUGCAGUUAUCAGGACACCACAUAGGUGGUAUGGCUGACAGCUCUCACGUUUACCGCUGGAAUUCGUAAUUGAUGUCAUUAUGGCUCGUCAGUCCGCGGUAGAGUCGUUAAUGGCCGUUACCGAUUUUUAGCAUGAUAACGACUCAAAGAUUUGGCUCGCUGUCACUCGAACUAUUGGUUGUCCGCGUCAUCCCAUCAACCAAUACACCGAGUGACAGCGAGCCGAAUUACUUAGUCGUUAUCAUGCUAAAAAUCAUCAGUAAAAGCGGGAAAUCUUGGCAAGUAACGACUCUAAUGCGGGCUGACAAGCCAUCAUCGCAUCAAGUGUGAACUCCAGCGAUGAACGCGAGAGCUGCUACUUAUAUUACGCACGUGGUGGCAUGGCAACUGCGUCAUCUCAAUACUGCGCUCAUUGUGUCUCCACCACCCUUAUUUGCGACUGUCUCUGCUGAUCUGAAGCGUCCGGUGUAUAGGCUUGGUCUGACGACCGCAUCAUCUUCUUCUGAAAUUCCCCCUGGAGAUCUAUCUUCAUUUCCUCCGGCAAAAGUAGCAUUGUUCGACUGACACGCACGACUGUUCUAAUCUUGAUUCCUCUUAUCUCUUCCAUUGAAUUCGACCCAUUAAAGUGUGGCGGAAAGAACUAGAUAUGAAAGAAGGGGAAUUCUUUCAAAUGAAAUAGGUACGAAUGCGUGCAGCCCAAAUAAGUACCAGCUUACAACACUCGGAACAUGACAAUCCUUUAAGGGCAAGACAGGUUGUUAUGAUUUCCCGAAAAAAACUUUCCUACUGAAUUCUGCAACACAUUAUUUAAGUUUACUGAAAGAAAUCCAUAAUAUGAACGUACUAAUUUAGUUUUUUUUGCCAGAGCAACCAAUUUACCUGAGGUUGAUAAUCAGUUGUCGUGCGUUUUGCACUUGUAGGCACAGUUUUCCGACAUCUGUAUUUCGGCCUUCGCCGAGCAGGGUUGUACGGUGACAGUGCAAGACAACAAGGGAGGUCGGCCAUCCCCAAAGUGAGUGCGUCGUGUUUUAUUUUUCUGCCCUUGUAGUCAGCUUUUUUAUUACGUGAUGCAAGUGUCUAGUUAGGCCCACAAGACUAAAUCAUUAUACAACAUCAAGAGGCGCAUAUGAGUAUGCACGUUACGUGGGUAAAAUUCAGACGUUCAUAUCCAUACAUUAUACCUUAGCCAGAAAAGGGUUGCGUUUUCUGACUAAAAAUCCAACACCAGAAGUCUUAACGCAGAUUUGGAGGAUUAUGGCUAAUAGUGGGCGAACCGGUAUCUAAGUCCAGCUAAGUGGCAAUCCAAAACCGCCGUUGACCGGUCCCGUUGACAUAAGUAAUUAUGCAAAUAACUGUUUGGCAAGUCUGCUUUCUCGUGUAAACCAGACGAACAUAAGUGCAGUUGUGAGAAGCAGCAUAAAUUAAGCACUUACAAUGUGGUUCGUUAGGAGUUGUACCAUGUCAAUGGGCAUGAGUAAUUACUAAACUUGGUUGCUGAUUUUAGUUUCGAUGUUCUGUUGCAAACAUUAUUAGAUAUACUGACGGUGGCCUACACUGCCCGACCCCCUGCAAAGUGUUAGCUUCAAAGAGGCAUUGCGCUUCAAGUCUGGCCGCUGAUAGACAACUGGGUAGUGGUAAGAAUUCAGUACCAGAAGCGUUAAUUUCCACAGGCAAGGGCGCUGUAAUACCAUUUCAGAAUAAACGCCAACAAUAAAACUCAUGGUUCCCGAAUGAAUUUCUCACAGUUCUUCCUUUAAUCAAGAAAGAUGUUUAGAUGGGAGUGCAGUGAGAAUAUUUAUGAAAACCAACCAUAGUUUCCUUAAUCAACCAUCUGCGACAGUUCUGUAAAGGAACAUGACUCUGAUGGUGUAUUUUGUGAUGUUCGCUAAAGUUCAUUUGCAGUAUUGGAAACGAAAUGGUAAGAGUACACUCUUUUAUUUCCAAGAUGAGCGAGUAUUUAAUUAUCAUAAUUAUAAAUCAACAAACAUGAUUCGAAGGUAUAGGGAGGUAUCAAAUAAUUUGUCAAGCCAUAUCAAAAGAACCGUUAAUAGCUGAACUGAUGUAGGGUCAUAUGAGUAUUUAAAGGGUUACCGAAUUAAGAAUGAGAGAGAAAUAAUGUGUUUCCUUGAACACCGACUUGCACUUAAAUGCAAGUCUUCAGAAAAUUAGUAAAUUACUAAUUUUGGUUGCCCAUCGUUUAGUAAAAAUAUUGUCUUAACUGGGCAUAACAAAUCGAAGGUAAAAUGUGAUGCCUUAUACAGUGUUUUUAGAAGUUUGAAUUUCAAAAAAGAAGCAGCGUUUAAUACUAGCGUGAGUUCCUUACCAUAUUCAAGGCUUUUCAUUCUUUUAAUUCUGACUUAGGUGGUAUUUCUUGCUUGUAAACACACGGGAGAAUUCUCGGAAAUCUUUUGAACUUCGUCGUGUUUUGUAUUUGCCGACUUUGGAUAGCGUCAGAUUUAUAUAAAAAGCAAUCGUUUGAGAGAAAACUAAGAUCUAAUGCCUUUGCCCGGCAAACACUGCUUGAACUUCUACAAACCUUAGUCGGAAAUAUUCAUAUUAAUUGGCCGUUUUACCGGUCUGUUGGAGAGUUUCAUGGCUUAUUGAAUACGCAUAGUUGAUUGAGCUGUAAAAAUUGACCAAAAACAAAGUCACAGAGUACCAACACCUUCUUUACCUUGGUUUACUCUAAAUGGAACUUCGCUGUGCCAGAGCGAAUGGGUAUUAAGUGCGUUUGAAAUUUAAGUGUGUGUACACCUGACUAACCGUCAUACGCGCAAAACGAUAGUUAAAAUUCCCAGUGCCCAACUAAAAUAGUGAAACAAAAAUGCUUUUUGACCUACUGUAAUUUAAUCCAGGAUUUUCGACAAACUCAUGAGGGUUCUGACAAAUACAAUGCCGCCUUCAAGCGAUCGCCAGAUUUCCUUGACGUGAAAACAGAAGCGCUUACUUGACCAAGCCCUUUUCACGGAAUAACUUUUAUGCUCCUUAAGCCCAGACCAGAUAAUUUUUCUUUUUAUGAUGCUGAAAGAAGGUAAACAUGCGUAUAUUGCCCUUUUAUUUUCCCUUUCAGACUGGAUGCUCACGCGCAUCUAGAGGCCGUUUAUGUUCUGUUUUAGUUAUUUGUGAGGUUGAUCGUCUGCUGAUUGUCUCUUCACAAAAGCUCUCAUUCUCAAUAGUAACUCCACCCCGUAUAUCUGCCAUUAAGGUCUUUUAAGCCAGACUUUGUACUGAUCCGACAAGGCCUUGGGGCAACACCGCAGCAUUACGAAAACAUUUUAACCGGCCUCGUCUUUGGCGGCGUUCCUUGUAUCAACUCCGCCGAAGCAGUCUACAACAUGAAAAACAAGGCAUGGCUGGUAAGCGCACAAAGUUUCCAAGCAUGUGCGUUCCGCUUAAUAGUACUAAAGCAUCCAUUUUUGGAAAAAAAGUAAAUUGAGAUACCAUUUCGGCCUAAAAGGCAACAAUCCAUGCGACUUAUUAGUCAAAUGCUGACCUAAAGAAAGCAUGUAGCGACGACUGGACGCAUAAAAUGUCAGCCUUACCUUACUUUGCAUGACAGAAGUUAGGAAGUGGUUUGUUUGAGAAUGAGACUGGUAGUCGUUGCGGUCUUUCAGAACAGUCUGUCUGAAUUUUUAUUCUAUCAAGUACUAUUGUAUUAUUUCGUCUGAACUAUUGCUAGCGAAAUAUUUGCGUAUCGCGAGAAAAGGGGUAGGGCGCAGUGGAUUUAUAUAUAAUAUCAUUUCUGUUGUACGUAGACAGACUUUGAAAAGAGGCUGUCGAAGUGAACUGGAGGACAUACAGGACAUGUGACGCGCACAUAAGUGGGGAUUUUACCCUUUGUAAGAGAAGGGGAAAAUUUGUCGCCGGAAACGCGUCAUCUAAAUUGCUGUCUGCGGAAAGCGGUAGGUCACAGUUGUUGCGAAUAAGAGUUUUAGGGAAGUUUCAGGAAGUAGAUGAAAAGAAUACUCGAUCGCUUGAACUCGAAGCUUAUAUGUCUGACGCUUUGGAUUCAUUCUCGAACGUGAUACACGGGGGGAAAUUAAAUCCGACAAAUGUCUUGUUAUCAUGCAUGCGGGCAUGGAGCGUUUCGUCGUCAUAUUGGAUAGGACAGGCUAAUUACAAUGCCAAACGAUUAUUGCAGAACCGUUAGUUCUGUCUCAUGCAAAUUGAGACUCGUAAAAAACUCUGGCAGGGGAAAUAAAUGCAGAAUUGAGUCCUCGUUCAAGUUUAUGACUUUCCGAAAGUAUUCCCAUUUAGUUCGUUGUAUUGCUGAGACUUGUUGUUGUUGUUGUUGUUGUUGUUGUUGUUGUUUUGGUGUCUCUAAUUUCUGCCUGCUGCUUUAAACCACAUAGCCGUUUUACCAACGUAAUUCUUUGAGAAAAUCAAUGUCUGUCCAGCAGACUCAUUUUAGAUUCUGCUGCCACAUAUCUGUUCACUUAUAUUCCCUAAUAUUGGGCAGUCGAAGCAACCCAUAUACUCCUAGAGAGUUAAUGUGAUGAAAGAGAGAUUCGGUCAGACUUGUUUAACUUUCCAAACCCCCGGUGCACUGUCUGAAAACGUUCUUUACUUUUGGAAAUCAAUCUACGAAAGAAAAAUGCACACUAAUGGGUACACUCACAUGUCAGCUCAUAGAGGAGGUGCUUUUGAAACACUUCAGACUGAAAUGUCUGGCUGGAUAUGUACAUCUAAAUGUUAUCUCCGUCUCUCUCGAACGAGACCACGUGUUAGCACUCAGCAAAUUUUCCAUGCGUCUUCGGAACAUAUAAGUUAAGAUAAAAGAGAAAGGAAACGACCGGCUGGCUUUGACGCUCUCUGCUGUUGCAGAAAUAUAAGUGGCCUACAAUCUGAAGUGUUCAGGAAAGCGAUAAAGAAUACGUAGCUCUCAGCCUCGAUAUCAAUCACUUGUUCAGUCACAAAUACGAUUAUUUGGGUAAGAACGUGGUUCAAUGAACCAAAAGGCAAGGAUGUCGAAUUAUAAUGCCUCCGACAAGUUCUUAAUUUCAUCAGUCGAUGCGUAAAAACCAUGAGAUCCAAAGUUUCAUAAGCGUUCCCAUAUAUGAAGGUCUUCUUGAAGACUAUUGACGGUCUUCUUAUGCAACUCAGGGCUGGCAUUACACACAGGCCAGUGGCAACCGACAAAUACCACGAACGACUUGUUGGCACCGAAACAAGCGUCUGAAACAGCCGAUUACUGCAUCUGAGGCGAUUUUGGACAAAGCGACUACGUCGCCAAAAUAGGUAGAUUACUCCGGAAUUUGAUGGCCAACCCAGCAACAGGAAUGUGAGGGAAUGAUGCAAACUUUCUAGUCGCGGGCCACUCGGCGGGACAUCGCCAGGUCCUGAAGUCCGCGGGCGACUGCGUGAAUCGCGAGCAGCAUUCUCCAUUGACUCUUUCUGGCGCCCCAUCGACAAGUCUUUGUCCGGUGAGGAUGCUUAGUCACAUGCUGAGCACGCAAGUGAACACUUAAAUCUAGUGACAACAUCGGGAAUCAAAUCGCUGAGCCUUUUUCACAUCAAUAGUCGACGCUGAUGAUGGAGCUGCGACAUCUAACGACUGGGACGCGAGCGAUCCAGCCAUCAUCAUAUCAAACACGAUCAUCACCGAUGGAACGCCCAGUGCCGAUUUUAUUAUGUCUGAUUGCACCGCAACUGCCCCCAAUUCCCCCCCCCCCACAGUGUGCUAUUACCUCUAUUUGUUGCUGCUGUUGAUGACCGUUUCAGUGGCAAGUUUGGAGCAGCAGGGUAAAACCCCUCGUCCUGUAGAUUAAGUCAUAUCGGCAGUAAUUUAGAUCGACAAGUAAAAAAAAUCAGUCCGAAAGCGCCAUGCGCUUGUGGUAUCUCGAGGUAAUUUACAGGGCUCGGGCGGAGUAAUUUCGAACGCUUCUUCGGACAUUUGUUGGUCUGAUUAACUUUAUUUCCUACGAGCCGACAAAUAGACAUGCAAACUAACACUGUGUGUGUGAGAGAGAGGGGAGGGAGCGAGUUGGGCGGUGCUACAUCUUUUAUGACAUUCCAAUUCAACUCUGACAAAAUGACUCUUUUGCACUUGCGCAAGCGCAUCCGCAAGCAUUUUUUAUGCAGCAAGUGUCAUUUUUAGCCUUCGGUCGCCCUUCUUUUUUGUUAUGUUUGAAGUCACAUGGCGGCAUUUAAUUGCAAGAAAUGGAAAUGCAUUAAAUUUCCCUUGUGCGGUUGACAACGAGCAAUCGUAAUAUUUUUUACCGACAUGUACACAGCAGACCGUCGUAAACAGCACUUAUUUGAUAACCGAAAAUAUGGGUUCAGGCAAAAAGAUGGACAGUUGGUUGGCUUAAAAUUCCGUAGGUCCGAUUUUCCGAGCACGGGUUCACUUAAUCACGGUAACUAAGUUACAUCCUCACAGUUAUAUAUCGUACAAGCGCGAGAUCUUGGUCGGUCACAGGGGCAUGGGCCUUUCGCGCUAUAAGUGGUUUGGCGCCAAAUUCCGGCAGGUACCUAUUCUCAUAUCCUAACUUUAACCCUAAACCUAAAAUUAGCUCUCGGGGCCUCAGCCCUAACACUAACUGUCAUAAGCUUAACCCCAGACCUCAUCCUCUUAACUCACAUAGCCCUAACCUUAACACUUACCCUAGUCCCCCUGGAAUUUAGGGCAAAGCCACCUGUAAUACCGUAGGUCGACACUCCUGAGUCCAACCAAAUUUUUUUUCCAACGUAGAACCUACUGAUCUAAUUGGACGGGCUGUUGAACCAGAAAAUUCGUCUGGACUGAAAACUCGUGUUUUUUUACGGUAAUUAUAUAAACGUCAGAAACAAUAGUUCAGAUGCUGUACCAUAAUUUGCCAACCUGGGCUUGUUGAAGUCUGUCUCAAAACAACCGGACUUUUGGAUCAGAUUAGGUGAUUUCGGCAGCAUGAACUACAUAGAUAGAGGAGGGGGGAAAUUUCUUCGACGUAUACAGCUACAGUUAAUGCUCCUUGUGUUUAUUCGUGCAACUCGACGCCCGUAUUUUGGGUGGAUCUGCGGGUCACGCUGCGCUACUUGACCAUUACCGUACAUGUGUGCAGUACAUGUUAGACAAAGACUCACCUCACAUCAGCCACGGCGCCAGGUUUAUUCUCUGAGCCUUAGAUCCGGAUUUUCAAAGGGAGAGGAGUGACUGUAUGAGGUCAAUUCGGUUAUGAUCUAACACUUCUAUAAACAAGCACAGUACCUUUAAAGUUCGAAUGCAUUAACAGCUGUAAUUUGGGAUUUUGUUGACUAACGAGGUUAAUAGUUCCUCCCAUGAGGGUAAGUCGGAUUACAAAGGUUCUUGCUUAAUUUGGUCUUUUUGACACGCCUUGUCAUUCGAAACCUGAGGUCUCCCUCUUCUCUGAAGAGUUGUCCGUGUGAAUUUAUUGACCAGUUUGUGUUUGGCAGACGCACACUGGUUCUUUAGCUCUGACAUCCACUCCGCUCAAUGGAUCUUCUGUCAUCUAGACCCUUUCCUGUCACAUGAAAAAUUUUAAAAUGAUACGAGGCAUAUGUGUCGGACGUCUGAUUCGCCGUGAAGAAGGCGGACACAUGUCUUCACCGCCUCAUAUGCAGGCGAGUGAUGUUCCCAGUCAUUUGUUUCGAGCGAACUGUCGCACGGUGGUUGCGUAGCAGUACAAACUACGAAGAACUUUUUGCUGUUAGUCAUGACUAAAGCUUACUUUGUGGUUUUCAUGCAUAUCAAGACCAAAAUCCCUUUCGUUUUGAUGCUACUCCAACAUUCCGCAUUACUUUAGUUUGGCCAUCUACUGAUGCUUCGAAAAAAGCUGGGUCCGGCGGAAUUUCCACUUGUCACGCGCAGCUUCCAAACCAAAUGCCAGCCAAUUGUAAGUCCUACCUGCCCCACUACUAAUUCGACUUUCGAAUUAAAAUGAGCGGAACUUAAGCUUUUUCUCUCCGCCUUUAGACUCCGGACUUUCCACUUCCCGUUACUGUCCGCAUUGGAGGUGAUAUGACCCGGGAAUGCGAGGUGAGAUGGGAAGAAAUUUGACUAUUUUUGUUAAAGUAGAAUUGCGACUGGUCCUUCAUUUUUUCCUUAAGUGCGUACUUUUCCGGCCAAACCGCAUGCCUUUCUCUCAAACGUCCGGUGGACAUUCGAGUUUAAAUAAAAGUCUUCGAACAUUUUGUCUUAGUCAUUUUAGUGGCAUGUCAAUGCAAUUGAUCAUGUUUUAUUCGAUCCGCACAGUAGAUCUUUUUUCGAUCUGCAUGCGGACGUACAGGUCGCUGCGAGGAUAGCAUGCCGGCUUAGUAGCCAUUAGCUUGAAUCUUCUUUUUAGGCAACUGAUCUUGUAGUAUUAAACAAGAUCACGCCUGUUUUGGCAUUGUUACUCAAUGCUAUAUUGCACGCCAAAGAUCCAAGGUUACUGGUUAAAAUGCGCUUUUUCGAAAUGAUGGUCGACUCUUCUGCGCAUAUUUUAAUGCCCAAUUCUAGGCUCUCUUGUUCAACGAUGAAAGUUUCAGGAUAAUUGCCAAACAGUAAGAAUGGGGGGAUGAGAAAUUCCGCAAAUUGAACAUGUGCGGUUAGUUUUGGACGCGUUAGCCAACUUUUUUGCUCAUUAAGUCACUAAUCCAAUGACACUUUAAGGGACGGAGCUGAAGCAGACUGGUAAAUGAACUUCGGAUGCACUGGUGAUCAGGCGAAGCGGGGAAACAACUGAAGCGGUUUAAAAGUGCGGAGAACUCAUUUUGAGCGAAAUCAAAAUGUCUUUCGUAUUUUCGGCCAGGCAUAGAUGACGAUUGACCGGAGUUUGGAUAGUAAAAUUAUGUUGCAUUCUAACUUUGGCUGUUCUAUGUCUAACUGGAGAAUGCGAAAAAACUUGCCCUGUAAAUCCUGGCGUCAUGUUUGAAGAUAAGAUGACGCCUGAAAUUCGGGAGACUUUUAAAGUUCUUUUAUUGACAGUAUCCCCUAAGAAUGCGGCCUUCCUUGCUAAUGUGCCUGUUUUGGAAUGGCUGCAACAAACGGGACUAUAGAUGCAGCUGAACAUUGAAAUUUGUGAGAUUAAGGGCAUAGGGAAAGGCAGACUUGGUCUGGAAGAACUACGACCUUUUGAGAUAGUCGCCGAAACAACUUCAAGAAGUCUUCUGAAAUCCGAAUCUCCUCCAUUUUAAAUGAGUCGGAGAGAUGUGUCGAUACACAGGAAAUCUUAAGUAUUUGUCGCUUAUUUUGCCGUCAGUGUGCCUACUACCCAGACACUCCUUGGACACUUUUGAAUGGUGGAUUCAUGCUGACUGUUUCUAGUAAACUGAGGCUGCAUGUAAUGCCUUAAACCGUAAUCAGAACAUGUGCACAAUAUUGGAGGUGGGGAGGACUGAUUUGCCUGAUUUCAACUCUAUUUCCUUCUGAGCCAACAUUUUUUCCAUCUCUGGGAGUUAAAUUUUCAAGAGACACGUGCUGAUUUUUCUUUUCCGCGUCAUCCACCUAUACUACAGGGCACUACGGACUUGAUAAAUUUUAUGGGUCCGACGAUCUACGAGUAAAAAAGGGGACAGAUUGAUGUCCUUGGUGGCUCUAGUGUCCAUCGAGUACCUCGUUUAAGCUGAUGCAUAAGCUGCGCUCCCUUGCUCCAACAUUAAAAUGCGUGAAAGGUAGGCGCAGGUGAAACAGAUAUAGUUUUUUUGCAAAAAGAGAAUCAGGAACAAAGGACCUGGUAAAGUAGAUAAAUGUAAGCGAUAAUAUGUUAUUUGAAUACAGGUGGAAAAAACUGACAAAGUUUGAUGAAAAAACCAAAUUUGUGAUUUAUUUCCUUGUACUGACGCCCUCUGGUCCUGAAGUAUACCUGUUUUUCUAGCAAGGGUCUCUAGCGUCCCCAAACACAGAUAUUUUUUCCUUGAUGUCCCGAUUAAACGAGUGAAAAAUAUAGCUGGGGCACGCAGUGACACGUUGUCUCUUAAUGUCUAAAUGUCAUGCCGGAGAUCCGAAUUGAAAAUUCUAGGAUUUUUGAUUUUCGUUAGUUUUCUCGGAAACAACAAUUGAAAUCCCUCUAAUUGUGUUUGUUUAUACGGUUGCCGGCAGGUCCGGGCAGAAAAUGUGACCCUCUUUCAGAGCUUAAUGAAUUUGGCCAAUACAACACAGCGGUAUGCCACCACUGAGCCCUGUCUGAACACCGUCUGCGAUAUCUACAUUCAGAAGAUUGGAAAUUUCUUCAAGGCCUUUGUGUGAGUCAUCGUUUUGAUCUCGGCGACCUCAGUGUGUUUUGCGCACAGUCUUUCAGGACAAACGGUAGAUGAAUUACCUCAUGAUCCAUUGACCGAACAUCUAAGGCAUACUUUCGGUUGGAAAAGUCAUUAAGCAAUUUUGCAGUACUGUUAAACGUGCAACAUAAUCUCCUGUGGUUGUAGAUGCUCGGGCACUAAAUGCCAAUCUUUCCAGCAACCUGGGACUAAUCACACACGCCAAAAUAAAUGCCUAACUUUUCAACUUUUUGACUGACUUUAAAUAAGGGGCAUAUGUGCAGAAGAGUCAUUUACCUGUUAUAUCUACGAGAAAGUAACCUUUAUGCAAAAGGGUGGGUGUUUUUCGAUUGCUAGAACGCUUGUCGGUUUAUUUAUUGCUCAUGAGUUCACCUUGUUGUGCACUAGAUUCGGGAUUUCUCAUAUAUGCGUUGUGUACUUUCCACUUAAACAAAAUCCCACCUAUUGUUAUUGCCAUUAGGAAGAGGUUGUCCAGGGCUGAUAGAAUUUCUAAACAUAUACAUGCUUAUUUGCACAGCUUAAGUAUGCCACGUUGAAAACUAGGCUGUUAACGUGCUUUUCUCAGUCUCAAAAGAAGUUAAUUCCGUCUGAGUUAUCCAGCCGAAAAAAAACUACACAGUGCAUGUACUGGAGAAAAGGUCUUUCAACUUGCUAAUUAAUGUCGAAUGCACAUGGUGCAACCGAAAAAGUCAUUGAAGUCGGGAUAGGAAGUCCUGGAACAUUGUACACAGGGAUUUUUACUCUUUAUUAUAAUCUUAGAUGUUUUCUUUCAACUUUUUCCAUUGUUACGGUUUUCCUGGAGCGCUGCUCACCCUACUGUCACAGUCAUCAAAAGGCAAAAAGUCUACUGUCAUGUGAGAUCCAUCAGGAACUUUAGAACAUUUACGGACUCUCCUGUUUAUAUAAGAAACCUCAAGUCUACUUAAGUUUUUACUGCACUGGUAGGAGGUGUAGAUAGGCAUGUUUCUUGAGUGCUGUUUAUCUUUGGUAUUUCAGACGUUUGUGGAUAAACCCAUGACACCACGGACUGUCGAUCACCAAAACUUGGAGGUAGCAUGGCGAAAUCAUCAGCGUAGUCACGAGCAUUCAGUCGGUUUCGGGGUGCAAACUCGACAUACGGGUGGGGCCUUCCCGAGAAUCCAAUCAACGGUGUGGUUGCACAGAAUGGGCGACAGGAAACAACCUUGCCGAACGCCAGACCAAAUAUCGAACGAUUGGGAUAGAUGGUUAGGGGUCAGAAUUCGCUCGACGCUGCAGGGGUGGUGGGCUUUAGUUGCGGCGAGGAUUUUUAGCGGUAAACUAUCUAGAGCCAAUCUCUGCCACAAGGACCCACGAUAGGCGGAAUCAAACGCAGUGGUAAAGUCAACAAAACAGACGGCCGUCGGUCGUUGGUAGUCAUGGCGUAAUUUAAGGAUGACACUCAGUGUGAGCAUCUGGUUCGCGCAUCCACACCCAGCUCGGGUUCCGACAUGGUUGGGCCUCUUCCCGAUGUCAAUAAGAGCCUAGAAUUGCUCCAUAAGGACAACGAUGAAGACCUUCAAAACAUCGUCAAUGAGGCUAAUGCUACAGUAGUUCUCGCACCUUGUGUUAUCUCCCUUCUUGAACACAGAUACAAGGAUACCCAAGCCACAGUCUUCAGGAACGGCCUCAUCCUUCCACGCUUGUACAUUCCCCCCUUGAGCAAAGGCCCCAGAAUUUUGACACAUGGCUUAUAGAUUUAGGAGGAAAUACUGUCUUCUCCGGGUGCCUUGUUGUUGUACGGCCUUCGUAAUGCAUCGGCGACUUUUCUCUCAGAAGGGGAUCGCGUGAUAUUGCAUAGGUUCGAGAGGAGUGAAACGCCUCUGAAGAAGAGAGUGGGGGCCUUAUGGGUUGGUCAUCGAAGUUGUGAAAAUUCUCGAGGCGUUCACGCCAUCGCUCGACCUUGGUCGGUUUAUCAGCAACAAACCCGUCUUUCACAUCGUGAACAGAGUCACUCAGUUCAGAGGGUUUACCGUUAAUUGGGCUGAUAAUUUAGUAGAGUUUUCGAGUGUCACCAACAUUCAAGGCCUGCUCGAGGGGGGUCAUCGUUUCGGCCUAAUAUUUUUUCCGGUCAGCCCUGUCGUACUUUGCCGUCAUUUUCUAGAGUUGACGAAAGAUAUCCUCAUGAGGGAUCAGACUCGAGCCGUCUCAGCAGACAACUGCAACGUUUUUCCGCUGAUCCAGUCACUGUGAAGGUGUUGGUUGCAUCCGAGCUUUUUCUCUGCUGCCCCAUAGGCUGAUGGCUUUAAUGAUGACCACUAACGGCUGCCUUCUCCGCCGGCUCCGGUCGUAAAGUGGGACAGUAUUUCUCUGCCUAGGGUGUCGGUGGUGAUGGGUAGCCAAAGUUUAGUGAUAUCAAAUCGUCUUACAAGUGGCAUUUUGGAUGCGGAUGAGGGGUGAACUCUCAAGCCUGUGCCAACGAGAACAUGGUCUGACCCAUGGGCGGUACCAGUUUCAGUACAACGCAUUGAUCUGCUAUCGCAAACCCAGCUUCGGAACCUUGAACCAACUAGAAGGUAUUCGAUCUGACUGGUCAUACAACCGUCCUUUGACUACCAGGCCAGCAGAUGUCUCUGGCGAUUUUGGAAGCAGGUGUUGGUGACAAACAGUCGGUUUUGAUCAGCAAAGCUCAGCAGUCUCUCAUUGUGGUCGCAACGUAAGCCAAGACCAAAGUGGUCAAUAAGCUGACGAUUUGAAGAGCUGCCAGGCCCAGUCUGACCAUUCCACAUCCUAGUAACAAUCACCAGAUCACGGUGAGGGAGCUCUUUAAUUAACGCUAGAAGCUGUGGAUAAAAAACCUCUUUAUCGCUCUGUUCGGCAACCGAUGUUGGUGCGCACAUGAAGGGGACAGAGAUGUUCAUAAAGUAAUCCCUCGGUCGCAGGUUGUCCGUCCGGUCAGCGACCGGUUCCCAUGCAAGUUGAGCAUGGUUGGCUUGCUGCGAGAGGGCGAUCGCCACACCGCCUCUACCAGAAGAGUCGCGUAAGCCGCUGUGGUAGGGGGACGUAGUGUGACUUGACUAGCGGGACCUUUAUUCCCCGAGUGCCCGGGUCGGAAAAUUCGGAAUUAGGGCAAGCAGUAGAAAUCCACGCUGUACUGUUGAAGACUGUGCAUUGCCGCACUUUGGGUACCGGGGUCGAGCAACUAUGUCAGACAUACUGGAUGACUAUUCCGGGCGUGGAUGAUCGAAAACGCAGUAGCAACGAUGAGGAAGAACGACAUCAGCCCCCAUGCCGUGGCUCAUUCGCGGGACUCGCCAUACAUUCAAGUUUGAUAAGAUCGAAAGACUGGCGAGAGGUGACAUCUGCGUAAGCUACGAUCUGCUUUAUUCACUGUUCUCUAGACUCCAGUCUAUCGACGGGCCUAAUGCCUCCCCUCUCCCUCUUAAGCCGUCAAAUUGCCCCGGCAGAGUAAUUAUUCAUGUGCAGUGUGCGUACAAUACCCAUUCAAAUCAUAAACCAGAUGGCCAAAUAAUUAUCGCCCAAAUAACCGACACUGCUGGUGAAAUGGCGGCAAAUUACGACUUGGUUGUAGGCGAGCCAAGGCCAGCCGCCUGCGAUGAAUGUGAAUGCCAUUAAUUUUGAUAUGCGUAUGUUGGUAUGGCGACCGCACCACGUCAGCACCAACGACACUUGCCUGCUGGUUUCUCUGAUGCUGGGCUUGAGGGUGAAUCCAAAAUGUCGGGCAAAUAAAAUUCUUGUUCCAGCGAACGUAUCUACCUCUUUUCAGUCAUUGCUGCCUUUUCAUUCGAUACGUAUUUCGCAGAAUAUUCAGUUGCUAUAUAUGGAAUUUAUUUAAGGCUGCAGAUAGUUUGUAGAACCUAGUGCAUUAGAAACAAGCGACGCUAGCUGCCCCAUCCUACUUACACAGUUCUUCCUCUGCUCCUUCUUAUCUACUUCUUUAUUAGUUUUCUGUUUUCUUUUGAUUGCGCAGAUUCCCUCUCCCUCACUGCCUCCAAAACACAUCUUCUCCUUUAACACUUAAUCAGAAUUUCGCAGCAAAAGACAAAUCCAUGGUCUGAAGGUAUUAUCGUACGGAAAUUGAGGAUUAAACGUAGAGUGACUUGCACUACUCGUCUGUCGAACUCAUGUACUACUUUUGAAUCCGAGAAGAGACAGUCUGAGUAGAUUGAGCUCUAACCCUAAUUCAUUUUAAUUCUGCAAUACAGAUCAGGAAUAAUCAGUUGUACACACGAUCUCUGCAAUUAAAAUUUAAAAUGAAGAGACACCCCUUUGUGAGCUCUUCUAAGGAAAACAGAAGACGAAGUCCAUGGGGAUAUGGGAUAUGCAAAAGCCUUGAUCGGUGUGUUUUUUGCCGACAAGUCAGUGGCAGAUGACCCGAAAUUGUGAACGGUGUUGUAUAUACUGAGGGCAGAGCAUCGGAUAGUUCCCUAAGGCGUGCUUUCCUAACUAACUGUAUUGACUUCUGAUCUGCCGAGGAGACCGCAUUUGUGUUUUCUGCGUUGUUUAGGUCAUUUAUAAUUACGAACGUCCGAUUAUUUUGGGAGACUUUGUGAGUAAGUGAUGCUAAGAAGUACUUCAUGAGUCAUUUCCCCUCUAGGCAAAAGAUCUUUCAGGGAGUUAAAGGUUUUGGUGCUAUUUUUGGUUUUUAUAAUGUCUCCAUUAGGUCAGCAUGCCUAUUUUUUCAGUCAUUCUGCAAACAGGAUUAAUCGAAGAUGUAUGUUUUAGCUAACGAUUUUCCGCGUAAGGUUUAACUUUUAUGACGCAUACUAAAUCAGCAAAUAAAUUAGCAGUAUAUUUCAACACUUUCAUCCUGGAUACAGACCUCGCGCACCUCAUACAUCAAUCGCACAGUACGACUUAAAAUAACUAUGCUUGAUGUGUUUUACUCAACCUACUAGGCCUACCUCUCAAAUAAGUUAAUGGUUGGGAGCUAGCCUCGAAGUCGGCUUGGAUAGGCUCUUUAUAAACAGCCAUAAUUGUAAAAAACUAUCGUUGUAGUUAGUUCACAGGCCUACAAAGACCACGUCUGUGGGUAAGCGAACGAAGUACCGCCUGUACGAUGUAGCACCCGAUGGCAUAUGUAAGCAACCUGCUCGGUACUUCAUCUCACAUUGAAUGUUCUUAUAAAGAGGAAAAAUUAUUCGAUUUUAUUCGAACCCAGUCAUUAUAUUUUGCCUUUCACUUUCUCUUCCAGACGAAAACCCAUGGUAAACUCAUCGCUCAGUUCUCCUGGUUCAACGAUACUCGAGAAGAUCCCUCUAACAAGCAAGUGCGUUCCGUGACCCAUAAACUAAGUAUUAAUCGGUCGACUUUUGCCCGACUCCCCCACCUAAAAUGACUGUCUUUUAAGCCUAGAUCCUGACCGCGCUGCGUAAUUGCUAUCGCGCUGAAAUAGAUUAAAAAGGACCAUCACAAUCACAGUUUUGCAUUCCUACCGAUAAUCUACGAAAGAUAAUACAAAAACGGAAAUUUCAGCCUCAACAGAAUGUCCCCUUCUACGAUGCAAUGUGUAGAAAGGGCGUUAUAUCGGUCGACCACAAGCUUCGAAAUUCUACAGCCAAAAUUUAACGGAAUUUAAAGAGAAGUAGAACAAGAGGGAAAGUUUGAGGGAGAGAUAGGAGAGGGCAGGAAAUAAGGACUGGAAAAGAAGGGUAGUUAAGACGAAUCCGAAGGGGAUGAGUGGCCUGUCCAGGAACCGUGCUAGUCUCGUUGGCUCAUCAUUUUCGUAAACGCCCAAUCUAGGACGACGCUUAAUUCCUAGUCCAGCGCUGCUUUUUGACAGACGCCGUAAACAGUAUGCAGCAGUCCGCGCCAAAACUCAACUUUGUUCUGCCAUCUACAGCAAAAGGAAACGCUGCGAUCUAAAUGCACGAGGAGGGCGAGAGUAGGGGAGCUCAGGUUUCUUUAUGCUAGGCAGAUUUGUAAGCCGGCGGAAAGUGACGGGCGCUUUGCAGCCUAAGGUGAUGUCUGAGAGUAUACUUGUCCAUAGUGAUGGGUAGUAAACCUCAAUUAAACAACAACAAAAACAAACCGCUCGCUGGCUCUGCCAAGGAAUUCCGUGGCCUCUUUAUAAAUAAACAAAUGUAAUACAUAAACAGCUCACUAAGAGUGCAACAGGCCAGACGCAGAUAGCUGUUUCUUGGUCGUUACCGAUCAUCAUAGGCCAUAUGUACGCAAGGAGCUCAUUAGGCAUGCAACAGGUUUCUUAUGCAGAUAAUGAUGUACUAAUAAAGACAAGGAGAUCGGAAUGGCCGUUUCUGGCUUACUGGCUGUUGUCAGCGUGCCAUACCCAGGUCCACGUGUGGAGAGUCUGGGAUCCGAACCCGGAGUCCUUGAUCUGUGAGUCCAACGUCCAACCAUGGAGCCAUGCGCUCGCUGUCCUGUCGGUUGUGCUCAGGAAUAUUAAUGAUGCUAGAGUGGCGCACACCGAUAUAUACACUUCCUACUUACAAAUGCUGCUGGAGCGGAAAGACUGAGCGGUCCUAGUUGUAAAGCCCUUGUAUAACGCGUUGAAAUACAAGGAGCCAGGUAGUGCGGUAAGAUCUCUGCGUUACAUUACUGGUUCUGUAACAAUGCCGUCAGUAAUUCAGCACCAAGUCUGCAAAAUUCCUCAUAUACGACUCGGUAGAAGUGGCAGUUUGGUGAAAGAACAGGUUGUGAUAGGAGCGCCGGCGGGCGGGCGGGGAAGCGGCGACAGGCGAUGUCACAGAAGAGAGGGAGAGGCAUAGGAAGGAGGCUAAUGGAUACAGGACUGCGCAAAGUAGGUAGGAGGCCGCGUCCGCUCGUGUGGAAGGACAAGUGUAAGGAAAACAGCCUGAAUAGUCAGUUGCAGAGGCGCGUUGGCCGCCGGACUGACUGUUGAGUCAUUUAGCUAGCCAUGGUGCCUCUUGAGCUAAGACAGCUUUAACGGUCUUAAGUAGACCUUUACAACGACCGUCCCCGCUGCCACCAGGAAGCGUUCAUGUGGUACUUUCAGCCUGUUCGGCAUCUCGUAACAUACAGACCUCAACAUUUGCUUCUUCCCCUCAGCUUUGUAUGUUAGUUAGCUUCAUUUUCACCCGUCCCCCCUCCCUAUAUAACGUCGUUCGGCUCUCCUUUUCUCCUGCGUUUUCACCAUAACAACGUUUUUCACCCGGCGUGCAAUUCUAUCGGCGGAGAUCUAAUAUGUAGGAUCACUUGGCAAAACAGCAAGCAAGAUUCCCCUUUGAUACGGAAAUGAUGGUAAUUAUGGGUUUUGUGGGUGGGAAAAAAUGGCAACAAGAACAGAACUUUGGAGGAGAGAAUAAAGGAAAACAUUACAUAAACAGAAUCUUGUUUAAAUACUCCAAUUCAGUUUGCAAAAUUGGCGCGCAAAUGAAAAAACUCUGUCAGCAGACAGUAAACUAACAGAAGGAUAAAAUCACGAUCCCUAACCGUAGCCGUAACCCCAGAUCUAACCCUAAAACUGACCUAACUCUUAACCCAUAGGUGAACUCUAAUCCUAAAACUAACUCCAACCCAAAACCCUAAGCUAACCUCAACUAUAACAGUAAGAAUAACCAAAACCCCGAUUCUAGAAGCAACUUCAACCUUAACGUCGACGUCAAAAUAACCCUAACUCUGAAACCAACUCUAACUUUCUAAUUAAGCCUCCCACUUACCAUAACCCUAGUUUUAGACUCUCGUCCCGAAUCCCAGUCGUAAACCCAUGAACAAAAUUCAUCCCACACAACAGCCCUUAGACUGUCUGAACGGUGGCACGCCUAUGCCUUUAGGCGCCUCCCCGACCGAACCUUUAGCCUGUCCGCUACCGGCUCCUUCCCCAGCAAAAAUAUCAUGGUCCUAGGUACGAUCCCAGAGGCUUAACAGCAGCACAUAGAGUCAUUCGAGAAUCUACUGAUUGGGUUCCAACUAGCGGCAUUGCAUGCCUGCCUAAAUCACACAGGUAGCCAAUUACGUAGUAAUAAGAACGUGGUCUUACACACUAGAGGCUUGUCUUCUGUCAUACUGUAAAUAAGCCAUUAAAGAAGUCAAGAGUCAAUUUGUUGAAAACGAUCUUCUCUUUAUACUGACCUGCUUAAUUUUAAAUGGCCUUGUUGGAAAGCUAGAUCUUAUCAGCAGACCAGGGCGCAGUCUUGAAUCCUUUGCACAGUAUUUUGCCUACAUUCCGAGGUUCGGCUGGCGUGCCUACUGUGUGCUUCUAAGCACUGCAACUUUUACGAAUUUCCGCUAUUUUCGGGAGGUAAAAUGCCCAUUUUACUCCUGGGAAGAUACAUAACCAAGUUUAAAUAUCGAAUGCAUCCUUUUAUCAUUAACAGGUUUGCAAUGUGGAUUAAUGAAGUAGCCUCUCUCUUCGGUGGACUGGAUAUGUGUUCAAUCAAAGUGGUUCAGGACACAAACGGCGAAUACUUCAUCCAGGAUGUCAGUCCUUAAGUAUAUGUUCUCCCUUUUCUUUUUGUUACAACUACAAUCGCAAACCCCUGAUGAGGGUAUUAACGUGACUUUAGAAUUAGCCUAGGGCAGAAAGUGUUUUGGGAACAGGAGAUCAUUCUUCCUAGCAAGGUCUCCUUUCAUAGGGCAAAUUAUUUCAAAUGGCCUACAAUGUUCAAACUAUUUUAAGAAUAUUUUCACAACAGAGGAAGACACUGCUUUAAGUGUGGGGUUUUGCGGGUCCUCCGGAUGCCUCGUCAAGAUUCUUCUACAAUGAUGGCCUUCGAAUUCAUUGAAGAUAGGCACUGCAAACAGGACAACAUGUUUGAAUUCGGCUGACCCCAUUCGAUUUUCAUGUCUAAAAAUAUGGGCCCGAGAAGGGAUGAGGGACAAAGAAUUUUACAGCAUACGAUCGAGAAAUUAGUGCUGCAGAUAAUAAAAAAUGUCGGUCAAUGAUUGAACGAUUGUUGCUUGGGUAAUUGUUGAUUGGAUACAUCGGAAAAACUUUAUUAAAACGUAUGCCCCUCUAAGUAUCUAAUUCAGUCAUCGACGGCGUAAUCACGUUUUGCGGAUGCCUAAUAAAUGGUAAUAUAAUAGUUGAGUACGUUUCUGUCUUUAAAGAUAGGUCUGACUCAGCGAAAUAGAAGAGACUGAAAUACCUAUUUUCGGAUGCAUCCAAUUUUUCGUACAAAAGCUCUGUGACGCUAUUUGAAUCCGCCGCAGACGACUAGAGUGCUGCAUGUUUUGUUGACGGUGGACGUAACCGUGUGAGGUCCAACAGGAGAUAUCUAAGUGCAUGAGGGCCAAAACUUCCCGCUAAACGGUUUCGAAGUUUGGCAUCUGCAAACUUGUGACAUAGGGAAGACUGCGAGGUUCAACAACGGGCGACUCCGGCAACUACUGCGGAUUUGACCUGCAUGCCGUGUCUUGAACAUGAGAUUCAAAUGCUUAUAGAAUUCACUCCCUCCUUGUGAUGGAGUAAAAUACAGUCGACUCGGUGAUCCGUCUUGUUCACAGCGUCAGCUUUCAGAACUGCUGUCUAGGUUGGAGCCAAAGAUGUGGUGAUUAAGUGAAAAUUUGGGCAGAUGUAGUUUAUUCAGCCCCAGAGAGAAGGUUGGAUCCCAAUGACCCUGAUUCACGGGAGUAAAGUGACAGAUGGAUGAGGACAAGAGAGUGUUUGCCCACUUAUCGCACGGAAUGAUCAACAAAAGCUCGUGGCGCGUGGAGCGUAGAGCCGGCCAACCCAACAGUGGUUAUACGCAAUAGUUAUUGAGGCAGAGAAAAAUUUAAUGAGCUAAUUGGACUUUUUACUUACACGGAGCGCCUAUAAGCCUGUUCUGCGCCUGAACGGUGGACUCUAGAUAUCCUGAAGAAGGAGCUGUGAAUACUUUUCAUUUAACGAUUUACUAUAGUUUGUGUGUACGAAUUUUUUACCUUUAAGGGCCUAACAGAAAGCAAUAAUGAUUCUUUCAGGUUUUUGGUUCCGAAUUUACCUUGCUUGGUGAUGGUCAGGAGGAAGAUCGAAUGCGGAUAGCGGAGCUCGUUCUACAGAAAAUGGAGGAGCUCAUCCGUGCACCUGCUGCGUACGUCCUUUUUCACCAGCACAGUGGCUGUCGUUCUAGUGCUCCACACGCCAAAUAUGCCCUCUUAUCUACAGUACUAGCACUUUUUUGAUACAUGUUUCCCUCUUUUUUGGAUAAACAGCAUAAUCAAGUCUUUUACACACCACUAUGCUCGAAAUGAAUUAGUGAUUUUUACGUGUUUUUUGGCAGAUUUGAUUAAUUCAUUUGACCCAGUUGUGAAAAGCUCUGCGGUUUCCGUGUGAUUCGAACUUCACCCUCACGGCCCCCGCUGGGUUCUCAUAGUCCAGGUGGUUAGAGCGUUAGCUGCACUCAAGCCUUGUGCUUGUCGUUAUGGGUUCGAAUUGUUUUUAUGUGUUACGAAUAAAAAUUUGGGAGAAUGACUUUCCCAAAUCGGUUUGGUAGUGGACAUACUGAACAAAACUAAAAUACAUUUCUUGUAUGUAAGACAUUUCGCUUAAAUAAGAUAACACCGCCCAUUCUCACUAUUCGUCGGGACAUUUUAACGAUGAUUAAAUCCAGUUGGAGAAGUCGUGAAAUAUCCAAACAGGAGGGGACCUUUAUCUGAAGAAGUACUUUUGCACUGUGUCCUUCCGUGUUAGGAAUUCAGCUAACCCUCUUCAGAGAUCGGAUAAUGUUGUGCACAGUCAGCGAAGUGGUGCAAUUUAGUAUGACGUAAGUUUAAAGUGGUUAUCGAUAGGUUGUUGCAUUUAUGUGUGAUUAGACUACCGGAAGCACUUAAAUCAGAACGAACUUACCAUUUUUGAAGGCUAGUGGGUAUUCCAUUUAAAAAGUAAGCCGUGUUAUCAUUUUUUCUUCACUUGGUACAAAGAACUGUUUCGUUAUUUAAAAGCCUGUUAUCUGUAAGAGACUGCCAUUUUUACAAUUAUAAGACCAAUUGUUAUAUAUAUAUCAUUCCAAUUAGACGAACGCUGUUUCUUCAAAAUCUGCUCCGAACGAUUGGCCUUAAUGUGGACUCUCCAAAUUUGCCUAGCAAUCAGUUUCUAAGGCCGUAAAGCGUAGUUUUUUGACAGUGUGGGUUUGCGUGUGCCGUUAUGAUUGUAAAAAAGGAGGGGAAAGUCACGUUAAGAAGGGAUCCUUUUGGAAAAUUAACAGUCCCAUUACAAUAGACAAUAUGCAGAGUUUAUGCUAAAAUGCUCCAUUCCUCAGGCGGGACGUCGUCCCACCAAGUUCAUUCUGAUAUAACCCGGAUUGUGAGAAAACAGUACAUUUAGAAGUCAUUCUUUAAGGAACAACUGAAUAUUUUGCAUCAACCACGAGAAGGCCGUUUAGACACACUUGAAAUGUUUUAAUUCUUUAUUAUAAAAUACACUUUCAAUCUUAGCCAAGUGAAGAGCUGUUUCGAAGAUGACAUCAGGCAUAUGAAGGAAUCAAAGAAGGUAAGUAAAACGAGGAGACUGAAGUACAUUUCAAAAACCAUCUGACUUUUCCCAUUGAGAAAUUUCGAAAAAAACUAUUUGCAUUUUUUCACCGGAUGUAGCAGGUAAGGUCCUGGAUUUUUACGAAACGAACAAAACUUAUAAAACAAAAGUCGCUUGGGAGAAGAAAUAGCAUUGACUUCCAAGAGGACGCUCACCGAGAAGCUCAGCAAGUGACUGAAGAACAUUAUAUAAAAUGCAGUUACAGAUGAUAUGGUCUGGAGGCAUUCGGUUAUUUUAAUAAGGUACACCACACUCGGCACUAAAUCAAAUCAUUACUGUGUGAGUACAUGUGGAGACGAUGCCAACAAGACGGCAUCACAACAGUGUCAUCUCACCCCUCUGAACAUUUAUUGUUCCUUUGCAGGAAAGUCGCAGAACCGUUGACCUGUGUGACUAAUACACCAAGAGUUAGCAGCCCUGCGUCCAUUGAUUCACCGAUGCAAAUGACGCACACAGUGACCUCUCCCGCCUCUGUGGCCUCCGCCGCAGCCAAGACGUCUCCAAUACCACCUCUAGGCACGAGCUUUGACUUGCAUGACCGCACCUUGUCGACAGCGCCUGCGGGUCGCGUCGAGGUCGACCCCUGGGCCGUGCAGCAGCCAGCAUCGAACAGCGGUGCGGUCUCAGCCCCAGCAAAAUCCACCAUGACGACCAGCUUCUCUACGACGGUCUCACAAUCAGCCUUUGAUCCCUUCGCUCCUCUUGCAGAGACGGCGACAACGAAACCCUUUGAUAGCUCUCUCGGCUUCUUUUCGUCCAAACCAGCCAGCACUUCUCAAAGCAGUAUGUUCGGCAGCGGUGUUUCUCAGAACCAGUCGGCAGGUCGGGAAGGAGGCCUUGCCGGUGACACCACUAAGCCCAUGCACAGCUUUGGAGACAGGCCGUCCGCCUCAAGCAGCCUCGUGGAUGAUUUCUCUUCCCUGUCAUUGCAGAAGUGAGUUGUCUUGUAGACGACGACGACUGCUGCUCUGUUUUGCAGGCGGUGUUGUGGGCUUUGCUAUGAAACCACCGCAGUGCAGCCGAGAACCGUGGAGGUUAACCGAAUAGAACGAGUAACUUGUAUUAGCGACUUCUUUGGCAGUGUCAGUUACCAGUUCUCUAGUAAAUGCUUGAUUUUAGGACGAACGUUCAAGUUGAGGAAGAGUGCUUCCCUAUGGUCAGCAGAGCACUAAAGACACAAUCAAAUAUUAUGUAUUAUGUAUGUAUGCAUGUAUCAAUCACUCUACUGCCAUCAGGAUCAUUGUCCUUGUCUUCAGGAGACCGUUGUUCCUGUGGUAAAGAUACACCUAGCCAUUGUUCUUUCGGGUAUUUCCAAUUCCUAUCCAUCGACUGAUAAAGAGUGGUCGACACCAACAUCUUUACUGCACUUUUUAAGGGCUAAAUUAUCCUACAAAACUUUCAUCUCCAAUGUACUACCCGGAGGGAGUGGUAUAAGGACACUUGAUCAGCCUUUGACUGAUCGUGGUAACAGCACACACCCUCAUACUAGUCGUCCCCGAGGAAACAUCCGACACGAUCUCCAUAAUCAAAAAAGUGACAAAUCAUAAAACGUUCGCAAAACGGCCGUCAAAAUCCAAGAUUAGAUUUUCUUGUGAUGCACUUACCCAUCCACGUUUACCUGGCCAGUCAAACUAGGCAGAGUAUAAUUUCAAUAUGCGCCACUAGAGAACUCUCAGAGUAGCAUGCUGGCCUCCAUUUACGUUAGAGCAUACAACUAUGUGAAUGACUGCAGCUGGUCCGAUUCGGAAACGUCCGGCAAAAGAUGUUUUACAACUGUAUCUUUAACUUUGAGGCCGCUGAGAUUGGGGGCUGAGUCAAUGAUCCCACUACGGCAGGCCUAAGGAGCCUGCACGUUUGCUGACUGCUCACUCAAUCGUCACAUCAAUUUUCCGCCCUCCCAGCCAUAUAGUUUUAUGAGCCUUCUCUACGGGGAGACAAUGACGGCGUGGUAUAAUCGGGAGCCGACAGUUAUCGGCGCGGUCAACGAGGGCAGUGGAGACAUAAAUCACGAUAAACUGAGUCAUAUUCAGCCACAUAAUCAGCACUGGCGGGCUAUGUACCAAGCGAAGCUCACCAAUAUAAUGAUAGCUGUGCGCAAGAGCCUCCAGUCACUGAGGAUUGGUAGACAAAGUCACUGCUCGGAACGCCAGACUUUAUAUGAACCUCACCCACUGAAUGCUUUUUCUUUUUCUUUUGCCACGCCGUCUGGGAAUCAUAUUUUCACUACUGCUUACGUAUACGUUCGGUAGUGCCUUUAUGAGCUCGCGUGAGUAUUUCCAAACAAUGAGUGCAAGCAGUACUCUAAAGGAGAUAUUCUGCAAUCGGAAUGCAACUAACUAUAACGCCGGCUGUCUUGGUCAAAAGACACUGAAAUGGUAUGAUUUUAAAUAGGAAUGGGCUUUGCAGACAUACAAUUAGAAUUAUUCGAGAGUUUUCAUCUUCCUGAGGCGCAAAUCGGGGUCUCACUUUCUCCAUAGCACUCGACGCCGCGGUAUUUUUAUAUCAUCUGUUUAUGAAGCGCUACUCUUACUCCAUGACAGAAAAUCAGCCUCUCAGAGUACCUUAAUGAACUUAAGUUCACUAUAUAACAUGUCUUUCCAGUAAGUUUAUGCAAAUCCAAAUUUUUGGAGCCUUAUCUUUGCUGUAUGUAUUAACAUUAUUUUCCCUUAUAUUCUUUUAAAAAAUCCAAAGUUUAUUGCGUCUAAACAAAAAAAGGGAGUCAGCUUCCCUCUAAACGUCCAGGUUGUGCCUGCACAGUUUUAAUAAGACUGCCAUUCUUGCCGAUAACACUUUCGUUGUUGGCAGAAAAAUCACAAUGAACUCUAGAUGGGAUUCCGUUGACUCAUAUAUCUUAUUCUUAAUGGAGGAGAAAACAAUCAACCGAAUUCUCUUCGUCUAAAUCUUCACACUGAGGUGCACACCCGCAGAACUGCAAACCACAGCCCACAGAGCAGUCACCAACAUCGGACGUAUAUUGCCCUUUAACAGGACACCCCUCUGUCGCGAAAACUCAUCUGCUCGAUGAAAGGGUGCUGAAAAAGACAGGCGAGACUGGGGUGAUCAGUUCUGUCUUGUCAUCCGUCGUCAGUCAUCCGUACCUAACCCCAGAUUCGGGUCUCGCUGGAUUCACAACCGACAGAAGCCAUUUAAAGAAACGCUUGCAUGCUGAAACCUUGGCAGUGGGCUGGAAAAUGUGGCACCAUAACAGCGUAUGAAACUAGCGUGGGAAAACUGCUUGUCCAUGUACGCGAGCACAUGAUGGCAACUCAGAUAUCGGACCACAACCUUAAAGUUGCAACGUGCAUUAAAUAGAUUAACAAGGCUUUCGAACUUUAAAGAGCAACCAUCUUAGGCCAAGGAGCCUCAAAUAUAGAGAGGCUCGUAUUAUAAGGCCUGGUCUUUGGAUGGCGAAUCCUUCCACGGGCAUGCAAAGUCCCGUGUACUUUGCAAUGUUCGCAAUCCGAGUGUUUAUAUGAGAGUAGAAGACUAAUCGAGCGCCGGGACACUUUGUUUAUUAUUCAGAGCUGUCAAACUCGUGUAGGAGUUCAUCGCCAGAGGUAAUCGCAGCAACAGAACAAGCCACAUUUACACGAAGUGCAAGACAAUCAACGAACAACGACGGGGGCCCCUAGGUUACUGCGCAGGGCUCUGUAUGCCGGCGCCAAAUGGAUGCAUCAAUUGACUGAGCAUGCUCGGAUCGCGCAUACGUGAACGUAAGCUGGCUGUGCGACGGGCGGCGAUUUAUCGCAAGUGGCCGCCCACACCUACGAAACGGGCUAUAAGUUCAACUUCUCAGCCGUCAAGAUAAUCCUCCACGUCGGAUGCAAGACAAAUCGAUAACUGAUUGAAGUUUGAGUCUCGGAUAGGAAGUAAGUCAACCGGCACAUCGAUCUGGCGCCGACGUACAGAGCCCUGCGCAGUAACCUCCGGGCUCAGGUCAUUGACCAUUGAUUGUCUGGUGUUGUUGCGCCUACUUUUGACGACGAACGCCUGCACUAGUUCGACAGCUACGAAUGCUAAACAAAUUGUUCCGGUGCUCGGAACAGCCUGAAAACGAACUCAUGCCGAUAGGAAAAGCAAUGAUACCAUCGGACCAAACACCUCUAACAGAGGCCCCACUACCCUCUGUCGAAAUGACAACUAAUAACACGGGUACUCAAAAACCUGUCAGACAUCCACCAAAAGUUCGAGAAGCUGAAAAAAUAAAAACAUUGGCCAAACCAAAGCGGAGUAGUUUGGCAUGCAAUCCAAAAUACUGUUCGAUUUUCACAAUGGAGAGUCAACCAAACUCUCUAAAACGUCAGAAAUACAAUCAAUUUGUUUCAACAAGCCAUUCCUCCCUGGUAAGCAUGCAGUACACCUCACACCCUAUCUGAUAUAGGAAUCGCAGGUCCAAUUUUACCGUUAUUUGUCCACAAUGUUGUAGGAACACAGAACAAGCAUAUUCAACGACUGAGAAAUCUAAAACUGGUCCUUGGAGCUCCGCACAACCGUCUCAGCCAGCUGUCAGUCGGCCUACUGUACCACCGAGACAAACGUCUCUUCUUUCAGGGACAAGCAACGAGGAUGCUGACGACACAAUGAAGAAUUUGAGAAAGACGUUUGCCGGAAUAUUUGGGGACAUUUAA